ACACUGCCACAGCGUGAGUCACUGGCAUUGACACCGCCGUUUAAGGACAUCUCCUUUCCAUUGAACAGGAGAACGUGUGGUGGGAGAAUAGUUACUCGCUACAGUUUGAAAGGCAGAGAGAGAGAGAGAGAGAGGGUGGAGGGAACAGUUUACUGACUGCUACCUGAAGCCUGUUAAACUGUGCUGCGUUUAAUAGGCGGAGCCUUUCACUCGACUGAGAAAUAAACUCGUUUCACUUACGGGGUCAGGGGAACGGGACCUUAGUGCCCAAGAGGAGCCGAGCCGAAGUGGAUCAGGAUUUCGGAGAAUGCCUCUGAAGACAAACAAAAAGGCUAGAGAGGGGAAAUGGGAUGCUCCAAGUUACGGAUGGCUGUGUUGGCUCUGCUCGGACUUGGUAUGCUCCACAUUCUUCUUAGCUGGCACUCCAAGGCACUGAUGCGAGUUCCUGUGCAGAAAGCGUACAAUAUCAGCUAUGGUGCGAAUGUUACAAAUAUCUCCUUGUCCAACUCGCGAACCAAUCAAAGCUGGAUCUCUCUGAUAAACAUCUCCUCUGAUUUCAAGAACUUUAUCCCCAUGAAGAAGAGCUUCUGGAACCACAGGCAGCAUCAGAUGUUCCAGCUGCUUGACCAUCUCCUUCUCAACGGCACCACUUUAUACAGCCCCUCUCAGAGCUGCACUGUGGCCAAGAUGGAGGCCGAGGUCAUCGAUGCCUAUUCCUACUCCGAGUCGCAUGGAGACUUCCUGCGUUAUAUGAACUGCAAGGACUACCUGCAGAGGAUUGAUCAUCCAAACAAGUGUGAUGAUAGGACCUUCUUACUCCUUGUGAUCAAGUCCAUGGCUGCGAACUUUGAGAGGAGGCAGGCCAUUCGCGAGACCUGGGGCAAGGAGGGCACUCUGGAGGGUGUCCAGAUCCGCACGAUCUUCCUCCUGGGCUCAGCCUCCAGCGUGGGUCAGGGGCCUGACCUGUGGAGCCUGCUGGGCUUUGAGGACCGUUUGUAUGGCGAUCUCCUCCAGUGGGAAUUCAAAGAUACUUUGUUUAACCUCACCCUGAAGGACUAUCUGUUUCUCAAGUGGGCCACAGUCCACUGCCCACAUGUCCAGUACAUUUUCAAGGGGGAUGACGAUGUGUUCCUUAACACUCCUGUGUUGGUGAAGUACCUGAAGUCUCUGGAUGUCAACCAAAGAAGCAACCUCUAUGUUGGGCAGACCAUCUUAAAUGCUAGCCCACUACGAGACAAGAAAAGCAAGUACAGCAUCCCCAUGUCCUUCUAUGAUGGAGCCUACCCAGCUUAUGCUGGAGGUGGAGGGUUCCUGUACUCUGGCAGUCUGGUCAGGUCACUCUACAUGGUCUCUCACUACAUCCCUUUCUUCCCCAUCGAUGAUGUUUUCACUGGGAUGUGCUUCAGCGCACUCGGGAUCAGCUCACUGCAUCACCCGGGCUUUCAGACAUUUGACAUUGAGGCCAAACACCGAGACAACCCCUGCGCUCACACUGGGCUGAUCCUUGUCCACCAGCGCAGCCCCCAUCAAACAACCCGACUCUGGAGAGCUCUCCGCAGCCCAGACCUCCGGUGCUAGUGGCUUCUCCCUCACCUCCUGCUAAAGGGCAGACCCUAUUCCCAAAAAAACCUGACAUGAAGUGGUUUUCAGAAUGAUCCCUAAGUACUGGCAUUGCAGGUUCCUGUGAAUGGGAAUAAUUGAGGUGUCACAGACCAUAAAAUACUACUGGGGAUGGGAACACUCUUGGGUCUCCAAGACUUAAGGUGUAAAGGACAUGCCAGUGGGAUAAAAAGAGGCAUAGCUUGAGUAAUAGCGAGAUAACAGGAUUUGAAUACCAAGCAAAAUCUCCAAGUUGCUGUUCUGAUGAAAGAUUGACCUGAAACAUUAUCUCUGUUACCUUCUUCACAGAUGCUGCCUGUCCUGCUGAGUGUCUCCAGCAUUCCUGCUGUUAAUUAGAGGUGUAGUUUUGGUGGCGGUGAGAUACAGGCAACACUCGGAAACAGAGCACACACUAGAAGGACAAGGGCAGCGGCAACACGUGGGCUGCAGCGGUUCAAGGUAGUGGCUCACCACCACCUUCUCAAGGGCAAUUAGGGAUGGGCAACAGAUACUGACCUUGUCAGUGAUGCUCAAGUCCUGAGAACGAAUAAAAAAAAACCCCUCCGCUUUGACUGGCAGAGUUUGACACUGGGUCCUCCACACGUGACCAGUCGUACUAGGUCACUGAGGCAAAAAUUAGAACAGUUUCUCAGGUAUGACAGUACCCACCUUGGCCAUAGGUAAAUGUUCCAGCCCUAGACCUCUCUUCCCAGCACUCUGUCUCUGACCACAGGGCCAAUGUACUAGAGAGGUUCCAAAGCCUUGCAAGCCAGAGGGCUAAACAACUAGGGGUUCCAGGGGUGGGGGAAAGAAAGAUCUGGAUGUUCAUCAGCUGUCUGGAAUGUGCUGGGAGAGGACAGAAAUGAAGAGUCACUUGAAGAUCAUGGUGAUGAAAGCUUACUGAAGGUUUUGUUUGUCUUAUUCCUAUUGUGAUUUUGUUGAUUAAAUUAAUUCUUUGAUGAA